AUGCAAGAUUCUAGCGGAGAAUUGAGUAGUAGUGAAGACUCGAUUUGGUGGAGGGAUUUGUGCAAGAUUAAUUUGCUAGAUGAGCACGUGGAGUACGGUUUUACCGGGUGUUUCAAAAGUAAUUGCAUGAAUGGGAAGGAUACGCUUUUUUGGCAUACCUUGUGGGUGGGAGACAAACCCCUUCGCUUUUCUUUCCCGGACUUGUAUGAUUUAUCUCCCAAGAAAUUUUGUUCGGUAGCUGAUAUUUUGAGUUGGGUUGAUGGAAGACAUGUGUGGGAUGUUCAAGCUUUAUUUUCCCAGGAAGAUGGUAGUGUUUCGGUAGUGGGGGCAGCAGCGGCAUUUUUGCCGAGUUGGCACCGGUUUUGUGAGCUAGUGGACGGUUUCACUCCGAGCGAUGUUGCGAGUGACACUUACGGUUGGUUCAUUAAUUCGGAUAAGGAUUUUACGGUAGCGGGCAUUUCGUGGAUAAUUAAUGAAUCUAAAUCCGUAGCUUGGGAGCUUCAUGUGAUUCGUUCUUUGAAAGUUAUGUGGAGCAUUCCAUUACCGCCAAAGAUUAAGAUGUUUUCUUGGAGAUUUUUCGUUGAGCGCCUUCCGUCUAAAGAUCUUUUAUUAUUAAGAGGAGUUUCUAAUUUGGCUAAUCCGGAUUGUGAGUUUUGUGGUGAUCAUGUUGAAACUUCUUUUCAUCUCUUUUUUCAUUGUCAUAUGGCAAAAGAGAUUUGGAAACAUAUGUUUGAAUGGCUUGACAUUUCGGAGGCGAUCACCAUGGCGGAGUUUCUUGAUUUUGGUGUUUUGCAAGAAAAGGUGAAGAACAUUAGUAGAAAGGCUAAGAUCAAUGUGGUUUGGUUAUCUACGAUUUGGUGUCUUUGGAUCAUGCGGAAUGGUAUUAUAUUCGACGGGAAGGUUUUUUGUUUUGAUGUCGUUUGUUCUAAUAUUAUUUUCCUUUCUUGGAGAUGGUUAUCUAGCGGAUAUUCUAAGUUUAGAUCAAAUUACUACGAUUGGUUUAAACUUCCUUUAUCCGAUGCAAUCACUCUCUAG